GAGGGCAGCGCUACUGUGCGUCUGUUUCUUCUUCUAGUGGUUGUAACCUUGUUGUAUUCUUUAGAACGACCUCUGGAUGUAGCGGGGGUUAAGUGAUGCUGACACGUUGCAAAAGAAAGUCACGCAAUAUUCCCCGCCAUCGACUAUUGGAAAAGAGAUACGAUUGGAUAAUGUACUGUUAGCUGACUGUACAUAGAUUAUGCACGUGGGUCUACCCUGCCGUAGCUAUUAAUACAAGCGUGGAGGAACGAACUUGCAAUUGAUCGUCAGAAUCACAGGAUGUCAAGACUGCAGAGUGGAACAUACUGUGGUAUGACUGGAAGGUAUCGCUUUUGAACAUGAGCUCGUCUUAUGCUGAGACUUUAUGCGGCAUCGAUAACGGCGGAAAUUGAUUAUCAGGAAAAGUCUUCCAUUACAUCGGCUACUGGUAUAGUCGUGCUGAAGCUUUGUCGCCAACUGAUAUCCAAUAUUUUUAUGUACACUGCAUCGCAGAAUAGCCUGCAGUUUCAUUUGCAGAGAGUUCGUGUAUCACCAAUAGAGACAGAUGCAUAUUGGAUUAUGAGGAAUUCGCCUUCGGCGCUCAGUGUUGCUUUCGUUGAAUUGAACUGCUUCUAUUUCGAAAAAAUGAAGGAUAUCUGACAAUUCUUCAAAUGUGGAUAAAUGACUUGAGAUUUGGAGUUUGUGUCUCAUGUUCUAGAAAAAGGCUUGAAGAUACAUUUUCAUAUUUAUCUGUUCUGCGUAAACCGUCAAGCUGUCGCAGGUGACUUUUGAUUGCGAUUUGCCCGCGCCGAAUUCUCCAAUGAGUUCACAAAUGGACGCGGACGAGGGGUGUAACCCGAAACCCUCAACAGAGGUUACGGGUACCCCCUUAAAGUUGAAACCAAGGGUGCUGUAUAAGGAUAUACCACCAGGCCAGGGACCAUUGCUCAACAAGAAACAUUACAGGAAUUUAGGCAAGUCCGGUCUCCGGGUCUCAAGUAUUGGCUUGGGCACCUGGGUGACGUUUGGGGCACAAGUCACAGAUGAGAUGGCAGAGGAGAUGGUGACGUUGGCAUACGAGAGUGGCAUCAACGUAUUCGACACAGCAGAAGUCUAUGCAGCUGGGAAGGCAGAAAUCGUAUUGGGCAAAAUCUUGAAGAAAAAGUGUUGGAGGAGAUCCAGCUUCAUCAUAUGCACCAAGAUAUUCUGGGGUGGAAAAGCUGAGACAGAAAAAGGCCUCUCCAGAAAACAUAUUAUAGAAGGAUUGAAGAGCUCCUUGGAACGACUCCAGCUUGAUUAUGUAGAUAUUGUUUUCGCAAAUAAGCCAGACCCACACACUCCAACUGAAGCGGAAAAGUCCCCACUGGCCACUCUUGAGAUUGUCCGAGCCUUCACCCACGUGAUCAACCAGGGUUGGGCAAUGUACUGGGGUACCUCAAGAUGGAGUCCUAUGGAAAUCAUGGAGGCUUAUUCUGUGGCGCGUCAGUUCAAUUUGAUACCACCAGUGGCAGAACAGGCUGAGUAUCAUCUAUUCCAAAGAGAAAAGGUCGAGAUUCAAAUGCCUGAAUUGUACAAUAAAAUAGGUAUAGGCACUAUGACAUGGUCUCCACUAGCCUGUGGCAUACUGACUGGAAAAUAUGAUGAUGGCGUACCAAUAUACUCAAGGGCGGCCCUCAAGGGAUACAGCUGGCUAAAGGACAAGAUACUCGGAGAAGAGGGAAGACGACAACAAGCAAAAUUACGAGAGGUUGCAAAUAUCGCAGAUCGUCUUGGUUGUUCUCUUAGUCAGCUUGCUAUUGCAUGGUGCCUGAAGAAUGAUAACGUUCACUGUGUCCUACUGGGGGCUGCUUCAGUCGACCAGUUGUAUGAAAAUAUGCAGGCAUUACAGUUGGUCCCUAAGCUUGUCCCUAAAAUAAUGAAGGAGCUGGAUAAACUGCUCGCAAACAAACCAGUUCGGCCACCGCCGCCGAAAGUCUGCCGCUGCUACCAGGCCUGUAUGUCCCAAAGUUGACCCCAUCCCUAGUAAACGAGCUGGACAAGUUAUUAGGAAACAAACCUGUCAUACGAAAAGAACCGGUCAGGUGACUAGCACCGGAGCCACCUGCAAAUGUCUACGGAAAUUCUCGUCCUCCACCCCAGACGCAGAAUAACCAGCCCUGCAUGAUACAGUAGUGUGUGAAGUCACCACAAGAUGGCACUACCUAUCCAUCUACUCGUAUCAAGGAAACUGGAACCGAGACGUUUGCUUGUUGGCCCCGUGAACCAGAGAUCAUCAUAAUUAUGUAAUUGCUCAUUAUGGACUGGCAUCCACUGUUGUAAACUAUUAUGUCUGAGGUCAAGGUUGGAGAGGGUGUACCUCUUUUAACCAGAACAUGAGAUUUAGUAUAGUCUUGGUCACUUUAAGUUUAACUGUAUGUGUCAUCCAUGCAGGCAUCUGUGCUUUAACCUGCUCACAAGAAACGUACACACUGUAUGCAUACUGUGGUGCUUGUGAUGUCGCACAGUCUUGCUCAUAAGAAAUUUAACACAUGAUUAACACCAGUUAACAUAUGUGCAUGAAAUGCACAAUCUUGCUCGCAAACAGUUAAAGAUAGCAAGGAGCAUUUUGAAAAAGAGCAUUCUCAAAAUGCAGCAUUCAGCCAAUCUUAAGGUGACCAAGAUAGUUUAAUAUUUCUUUUGUAAAAUGGCUACAUGAAUCUUGAUUUGAAUUCACAUUGUAAUAGAAUGAUAGAAGUUGAAAAUCUUAGCAAUUUUCUGUUAGCCUUUUGUCAUGACCUUGACUUUUGACCUUUGUCUAGAGUAAGAAGAAUGUGACCUUGGCAUUGGCCUGAUAGUCUAGCUGGAGCAAGAAAUCAAAAUACAACAAUCAAAUAUAUUUUCAAACAAAAUGUAUGGACUUUGUUAAGCCUUCCACGGUCAUUGAGAGAUUUGAAAACUUCAAUGCCUCUCGAGGAGAUAGCAAGGUCAAGGAUAUUGCUUGAAAAGUUCAAGGUCACUCAAUUAGCAGAAAGGUCAAGGUCAUUUGCAAAAGGAAGUGCACAAUUUAGUUGGAAAUAGAAUGUGGUAGAAGUCAGCAGCAUUUCUUUCAACACUUCUCUACUCUACUUGUGUAGGCCAAUGUUCUACAGUGUAAGUUUGAUAUAGAAUUGGACUGGAUUCUUUCUGCAUGGUUUGGGGUUGUGGGUGCAGUCGUGCAGAGUAACCAGUCAGUACUCUGUCUUCUCCAGGUGGAGCUCAUUGCUGCCCAAGUGUAUCUCUGUUUAGAACUUGUUAUAUAGGCUUAAUAGUUGCAGUUGUUAUAAGAACUUACACUAUGAUGGGUCACUCCAUUCGUCCCCUAGCGGCAGAAAGAGUUACAUUCCCUUUGAUACCAGUAGAUGCAUAAUAGAAAUGAUAGGUUGCUAGAAAGUUGGUGUAAAUUCUCAAGAUUUGUUGUAUUCGUGUCAUUUUCUAAGAAAUCCACUGUUAUUGUCAAGUAUAGAUUGUAUCAUCUAAAUGUUGCUUGGUUUCUUUGAUGUUCUCUCAAAGAACGGUUGGAUUGAGAAUGAGUCCACGUCUUAAGGUUAGCUCUAAUUAUCGUUACCAGAAGACAUGGUAAAGGGUUUACAUUUGCCAGAUUCUGAUCUGCACUGAGCACAUAAGAACUGUGUAUAUCCAACGCUUGAAGAGCUUAGAAACGAUUAUUUCUCAAUACAAUUCGGUGUUUGAAGGACUAAAAUUUGUUGAUGUCUUGUCAAAAUCGUCGACUGAGUGAAUUUCAAACCCUUGAAGAACUCAGAAAUGAUUAUUACUUGAUACAGCUCUGUGUUUGAAGGACUAUUAAAAGUCUGUUGAUGUUUUCUCAAAAUCUCACAAAAUUUUGACAAAUUGUCCUGCAGUCAAAAUUUCCCAAACUCUUUGUUCGUUCUGUUUAAAACUAGACUAUAGCAAAGUUUUUGAUAUAUGCAAGUUACAGUUAUACUUCCAGUUCUGUUUAUGUUUGAAGAAUGUGUCAAUGUACCUUUGAAUAUAUAUGUGAUCAGUGUUAUCGAGAUAGCACUACCAGCUCGAUCGUUAAUGAUAUUUUGAUCUAUGCUGACAUAGUGACGUUUAUUUGUUGAUGUGGAAAUCAAACAGAUUUCUGCCUUCUGACUGGUCAUAGGGAAUGGUCUUGCUCCAUGCAGUGUCUGAUUAGUUAAAGGUCACCUUGAAGUGUCCACCACAGCCUGUACUCCAUUACAUGAAACACUGCACUUUAAAAAAAAGGUGGGAAAAAAUGCAACAUAAAUAGAAUACAGUGGGCUUUGAUCAUUUGUCUUUACAAUAGAAUACAGUGGGCUUUAAUCAUUUGUCUUUACAAUAGAAUACAGUGGGCUUUAAUCAUUUGUCUUUACAAUAGAAUACAGUGGGCUUUGAUCAUUUGUCUUUACAAUAGAAUACAGUGGGCUUUGAUCAUUUGUCUUUACAAUAGAAUACAGUGGGCUUUAAUCAUUUGUCUUUACAAUAGAAUACAGUGGGUUUUGAUCAUUUGUCUUUACAAUAGAAUACAGCUAGGCUUUGAUAAUAUGGAUUUACAAUAGAAUACAGCGGAGCUUUAAAAAUUUGCAUUUACACUACUUUUCAAGAUUUUCUGUAUGGGAACAGACCAUGAUAUCAAAGCUGAUCUAUACAUCUAUUUUUGGUGUUGUUGGGACAGAAGUAUGGACCUUCAUGCUCAUAAGUGAAGCAGCGAUAGUAUGGUAUCUAGUUAUUUUAACAUUUUUAUACAUGUAUAAGGGAUUGGUGUACAUAUGUAAGAACAUAAAAAUAUAAUACUCUGAGCGUAAAUACUGAUUAAUCAAUAUUGUAUUAGACAGAGCUGUAGAAAAUGAUGACUUAAGCAUACUCAAUGUCGAAACAGUUGGUUACUUGCCAAGCAUCGCCAUGCUAAAUCUCUGAAUAACAACUUAAUUGAGUGUCAUACAUGUCCACAAAUACAGUAUUUUGUCUCCAUAAAAAAUCUUAAUUAGUUGGUGCGUUUUUGAUUGCCCGUACAUGUCUGACAAGGAAUCGCAUGCACCAUAACAGUAUUGAAAAUGAAAAUCAUGGCUCAAGAAAGGAUUUGGUUUUUGGACAGCCCGAUGUAUAUCUUAAAUCAAAUAUUAUCAUUAAAUGAAGAUUAUUAGAGGCUCUACUGAUGAGCAGCUAAUCCUAAGUGAGCCUGAAGAAUGAUAUUUAAAUGUACCUAGGAUUCAUCAAUCUUUAUCUAUACAUUUUGUUGUAUGAAAAGAAAAUGAAGGGUAAAAUUGAGCACACAUGUAAAUAAACUUAUAAGAUAUCGACUUUAAUUCUUUCAACAGAAUUUAACAAUCUUAAUGUUAGCGAGCCAUAGAUUAGUGAAUCUCUAUUCUUGCUUGAUGUAGUGAUAUAUGAGAUGGUGGUGUGGGUGUUAGCAAUUAAGCGUAAGGGUAGGCCUAGUUAUUGAAUGAAGGCACAGUUAUCUAUGAUUUUUUGUGUCAUUUGUGAUGUGGUUUGCGGAGGAGGGUUCCUAUUCCUUGAAAACUUGUGCACCCCUCAUGAGCUCAUGAGGACAAUUUAACCCACAUAGUACAGCUGAUGUCAGCAAACUAGAAUUAAAACCUCAUUGUAAUUAUUCGAUGGUAUAGAUCAACACACUACUCUUGAGGGGCGAUUUAGGAAGAGAGUGUAUUAAAAAGUAAUUCCGGAAUCCGGACCCUACUUCAGCGAGGUGCGACUUUGGAAAAGAGUGUAGAGAAUUUGAGGUGAGAUUCUUAAAAAGUGUAGUGUACCAACACAACUCUGACGUUGUGCGUAGCCAUUGACCUGUCUAUUGAAGAAGGUUUCCCAUUCGAAAGUCCCAAGACUUGGCCUUUUAAUUGGUUCUAAAGGCAAAAUGUUAAUUAGUUAUGGAUGCAAGCUUGUAUAUAAACUGGUGUAUAUAUUAUGAGAUUAUUAAAGUAUCUUAAUUGGGUGUAAAUCUUUUUAGAAAAUGGUUGUUUAUUUUCCUGUUCCUGGUUUAUAGGCAAGAGGAGGAGGCCUAAAGUUUACAGUAUGUUAUCCUUUGCAUUGUUUGUUUCUGGUUUUGCCUCUCCUUCUUAUUGAAUAUUACUCGAACAUCUGUCAGGAGCUAUCACUAAGUGAUGAACUUUAAAGGGACAAGUAGGACAUGACAUAUGUUGAUUUUUCAUGCAAAAUGGCUUCCAGGCUGGCCUUGACUUCUCAAAGCAUGAUCAUUGAAAAAUCAUCAGAUUGCAAUUGACACUUCACCUGGAACUGAAAUAGUCAUCCCGCCUACGGGCAAUUUGAAAGCCAUGACUUAACCGCCUCACAACACUUGCAAAAAUCGUUAUCAAAAGUCACCAUGCAUUGGUGCGUAACUACAUAGUUGAAGGAGGGCUAUUAUUCCUGGCCAACUUUAUCACAUGCCCAAGUUGUCCCUUUAAAUAGUAUUUCUUAGUUAUUUGUUUCUAUUUGUACAGUCUUCCACAGUUAGUGGAUAGCUUUAUUCAGUGUUGAGAUAUUUCUCGAAAAGCCUGGAAUCUCAAAAGAAAUACGAUGCAAGUGCAUGGUCAAAGUUGGUAUUGAAGGAGUAGUAGUGAGGACACAAGGCCAGGCCUCCACUGAUGUUGAGCUCUUAAUGCUGUGAAGAGGACAGUGAAAACUGUCAAGGAAACUGUAAUGGCAGCCAAGCAGUAUUUCCUCCUUUAUGAUACAAUAUUUCGGUCCUCUUCCUUUGUUUUGAUCCAUGUCCUGGCUCCACACAACAGUAACUGAAUCACACAAACCCGCUUGAUUUCAGGGAUGUUAUCACAAGAAUUUGAUCUAGCAUAAUAAAGCUAAAUAUUACUUGAAA